AUGUGGAAAAGAAUUGUUGAUGCAUGGAACGGAAACGCUACUAGUCCAAGCACUCCUGGUGUAAACACAUAUGACUUUGAAGGUAUGAAAAAAGUUGCUAUGCAACAUGAUCCAAGCACUGUCUUAGUUGAUGUUAGGGAACCUUCAGAAUUCAGUGUGGUACAUAUUCCGGGCUCCAUCAAUGUCCCAUACAGAUCACAUCCAGAAGGUUUCAGUUUGGACCCAGUGACAUUUAAGCAAACAUUUGGUUACGAGAAGCCACCAGUUUCUAAUCACUUAAUCUUUUACUGUGCCAGUGGUCGCCGUGGUAGCAUGGCUCGUGAGGUUGCUGCUAAGAAUGGCUACACUAACUUGUCUGAGUACCCAGGUUCUAUGAAUGACUGGGUUGCUAAAGGUGGUGAUAGAUUAGCAUUGUAA